CCCGCACAGCCAGUGGUGGGGGCGUCCGUAUCGCUACCUCCUGUCUCCACAGCCCCCGCCCCACCGAGAGUCGCGCUCACGCCAUCUUGCACCCCCCCUCCACACAGCCCAGUCACCUUUUCUCUGUCUACACUUUCUACCCACCCCCCCUUCCAAGCCUGUCCUGGGCCGCAGCAGCUGAAACCGCACCAACUCUACCCCCACAAUCUCCACGCGGGACGCGCAGCCGUGCCUACAAGUGUUCUUAAAGCAGAGAUGAAUAAUACUGCAGCUAGUCCGAUGUCUACUGCCACUUCAAGUAGUGGAAGAAGUACAGGGAAGUCUGUAAGCUUUGCAGCAGAAUUACAGAGUAUGAUGUUUUCCUUAGGUGAUGCUAGGAGGCCUCUUCAUGAAACAGCAGUUUUGGUAGAAGAUGUGGUACACACUCAGUUAAUUAAUCUGUUACAGCAAGCUGCUGAAAUUUCUCAGCUUCGGGGAGCAAGGGUAAUCUCUGCUGAAGAUCUUCUCUUUUUGAUGCGCAAAGAUAAGAAAAAACUUAGAAGAUUGCUAAAAUACAUGUUUAUCCGAGACUACAAAUCAAAGAUUGUCAAAGGCAUAGAUGAGGAUGAUCUUCUAGAAGACAAAUUGAGUGGCAGCAGUAAUUCAAACAAAAGACAAAAGUUUGCUCAGGACUUUCUUAACUCUAUUGACCAGACAGGAGAACUUUUGGCAAUGUUUGAAGAUGACGAAAUUGAUGAAGUUAAACAAGAAAGAAUGGAGAGAGCUGAAAGACAAACUCGAAUUAUGGAUUCAGCUCAAUAUGCAGAAUUCUGUGAAAGUCGACAAUUAAGUUUCUCUAAAAAAGCUUCCAAAUUUCGAGACUGGUUGGACUGCAGCAGUAUGGAGAUAAAACCCAAUGUUGUCGCUAUGGAAAUUCUGGCAUAUUUAGCAUAUGAAACUGUGGCACAGUUAGUGGAUCUGGCUCUUCUUGUGAGGCAGGACAUGGUAACCAAGGCAGGGGACCCCUUCAGCCAUGCGAUUUCAGCAACCUUCAUUCAGUAUCACAACUCUGCUGAGAGCACUGCGGCCUGUGGUGUUGAGGCUCACGGCGAUGCCAUCCAGCCCUGCCACAUCAGAGAGGCCGUGCGACGCUAUGGCCGCAGGAUUGGCCCGCUUUCCCCAUUCACAUGUGCGCUUACAGAAACCCGGGACUGGCCCUGGAGGAAUGAGGACAUGGCGCAACAAAAGGGCAGGGUUCUGCAGCCAAAUGCUGGCUGGGUCAGCAGUGGCUAUAAAUGAGGACAUUGCCUCUAUGGAAAAAGUGCUACAGAGUAAGUUCUUUCAUCUUAGACAGCAAGGGUGGAACCUUUGUUCCAGGAUCAGCCAUAGCUUUAGUAGGAACAAUUUCCAUCCAGACAGAAGCCCACAGACCCAAGACCUGCAGAGAGCGCCACGUGUUCCUUCCAAAUGCAGCGCUGGUUUGGUUUCAUACUGGAGGAACGUGGAGCACAAAGCGUGGCCUAGCUGUUCUUAAAUCUGCCAUAAAAUCAUGGAAUCACUGAAGUUUAGAGCAGGAAGAAGCCUUGGCCCCUAAGAUCCACUCACAACCUUCUGCGAAGGGCGCAGAACUGGAGGCACUCACCCUCACUGCCCCCAAAGGUAGUCCCUGCUCAGCCACCGCUCCCUCCACACCCAUUCUUCCCCUGUCCUGAUGGCUCUAGAUCUUUUGGGGGAAGGAUUCUGUUUCCUUAGCCUGGACCCAAUGGUACUCCACCUACUUCCACAAGUUCUUGGUGAGAUGUCCAGCUGCUAUUAAUCACCCAAUGAUGGCCACCAUUUGUACUGAAUGAUUUGAUGGCUGAAAUUCUCUUCACUGGUCAUCCAUGAUUGCUGCAGGCCUCCAAAGGACCUCAGAGCCAUCUACCUACAGUCUGAGCCCAGUCCAUGCCCAGGUCCCGGCCACGCCUGGCAUGACCCCCAUUCUCCCCAGUGCCAGGGGAGUCUAUAUUUCUUCACUGGCUACCCAGGGGUCUUUUCCAGUCCACUAGAGUGAUGGAAGGACUCAUCCUGUCUCUCCCCUCCACCCCUUCCAGGAUACUCUCUCGUUUCCUCCUCCUCUAACCUCUGGCUGAGAUCCAGCUUCAGCUUGGUGGGGGAGGUCCCCAGGAGCCAGUCUCCUGCGACUCUGUAGUGACCCCCUCUAGGCCCCACUCAGCAGCUCAGACUUGUGAAGGACGUCCCAGCCAGAGCCCUGCCAACCACACACUCUGGACAGUGCCAUCUUCCGUGGAGACAGCCCUACACUCCCUUCUGCUGUGUGACUCCCGCACCAUACAUCUGUCGACCAUCAGCCUCCGUGAAGUCCCAGCACGUCUCGCAGCUGAGGCUACACUGGAGAUGACACCCAGCAUUUGAAUCCACUCCUGAAAGUUUCUUUAUCUUCGAUAGAAGGAUGUUAAUUUGGCAUGUUAAUUUGGCAAAUCUAUAAAUCAAGAAUGGGGACUCUGACUUCAAAUUAUUACAUUUACGAUGCUGUAUAUUAGUUUUACAAAUUCCACAGAAAGAAUUCACUCAUUAUUACAAUAAAUUAUGUUUUUAUAAGCUUCAAAUAAAUGUUGAUUUUCCUUUCAGAGACUAACUCUCAAACAUUAAUAUCAUGUUAUUCUGAACCCCGAGUCCACCUAAGAGCAAGACACCAUGUGAUGUGCCGUCCCAUCCUCCUGCCCGAGUGUGGCCCAGGGCAGAGCCUCAGGACUGGCGGCCGUAUCACCUUGGCCUCCGUGUCUAGGGCUCAGGAGACCCGGUGUGCUUCCUUCUCUCACGGAGUAGUCCUGACACCACCGUGUGAACCACCCGGGGCUAAAAGCGCGGCCACAUGGAGAAGAGCUCAGCUGUCUUGGCCAUGGCUGUCCUAAGCCAGACACAGCCACCGGACCCCAAAGAUACUUUUUCCUUAACGAUUACGUCUGAUUAUUUGAUUAAUUUUGGGCAAAAUCCUCCACAAAGUCUAAUCCUCCACAAAGCUGUUGCCACCUAACAAACAUCCAGAAUUCAAUAGCUUAAGCUAACAAACACUUAUUAUUGCUGAUGAGUCCAGAGGUCUCCUAGUCUCGGCUGAUUUACUCACGCAUCUGCCUCUGGG